GCACGGGCAGGGAAUUCGUCUGAAUGAGCUGACGCACGGAAUUGGUCAGAUUCACACGCGGAGACUCGAUGGGUCAUGUGACAUCAAUAAAACAUGUCGAUGUAAUGAUUGUAAAGAGCACAGGUGCAAACAAUUAUGCGUGACGUCAUCAGCACACGUAAAAGGCGGUAAUUGGUGACGUCACCAACAUAGGUGACGAUUUAAACCCUGCGGGAGGCGGAUUCAGUGGUUGUUGCUCGCCCCCCUUUUUUCUCUUCUACAUCCCGGUGACUGAAUCUCGUGAUGCCUUCGGCUGCCGUGGAGGAUCUGAGCGCUGUCAUGGACAUCUUCGUGCGCGAGUUCUGCGCCAACUGUGAAGGAGGCGCGGGGAGCGUCUGCAUGAGAAAGCACGCGCUGCAGAAUCUGCUCGUGAAGCACAUGCGGCCCUACCUGGCGGGUGCGUGUGACCCGGAUGAAGUGCGCAAGGUCAUGGCGGAUCUUCACAAGAACCAAGGCGCCAGCGUGGACUUCCAAGCGUUCAUGGCCACGUGGACAAGGAUCCUCGUGGCCGGCCAUGCCCCAUUCCAGGAGCGCGUGUUCCUCACCAGGGGGCCCUUUGGCCCGCCCAUUUCUGCUGAUAAGCCAAAAUAAAUCGCUUUAAAAAAAAUAUAUAUAUAAAAUGAGAUGACUAAUAAAGUUACUGGCAAACUGGU